CUCCGAAGCGGCCCCGGGCCGGGGGAUUCGGCGUUUCGAGCGAGGCUGGCCGGCGGCGGCAGCGAGAGCCCGCUUUUCCCUGCCAGGACCUGAUGCGAUCCAUUCAAGCCAACAAGUUUGGAGAAUGUUGAGUUCAAUCAAUUCAGAGCGUCGAGAUGGAGCCCAAUUCAGUCCAGUGGGUCGGCUCGCCGUGCGGACUGCACGGACCGUACAUUUUCUACAAGGCGUUCCAGCUCCACCUGGGCGGCCGGACGCGGAUCCUUUCCCUCGGCGACUUCUUCUUUGUGCGGUGCCGGCCCGAAGACCCCCUUUGCAUAGCGGAGCUGCAGCUGCUCUGGGAGGAGCGGACCUCCCGGCAACUUUUAUCCAGCUCCAAACUUUACUUCCUCCCGGAGGACACGCCGCAGGGCCGGAGGAGCCAGCACGGCGAGGAUGAAGUCAUUGCUGCUUCAGAAAAAGUAACGGUGAAGCUUGAAGACUUGGCCCAAUGGGCCCGGACAGAUAUCUCCAAGUGGAAACGUGGCGUCCAGGAUGAAGCCUUCACACCUCCGGAACUGACGAAAGAUGGACAGAGGGAAGCCCUAAACAGGUUCCGGCAAUCCACGCACAACAGUGGCCUCAAUUUCAAGGACAUUUUGAAGGAAAAGGCUGACUUGGCUCCCAACCUCAAAGGACGACCACGGAAGAAAAAGUCCAGCAACUCACAAAGAAGAGAUUCGUUCAGUGGCAAUAAAGAUUCUCAGAAUAAUUGCGAAGGCAAAACUGUGGCCAAGGUAAAAUGUGAGUCUAGAUCGCCUUUGUCCAAAACCAAAAAUAAUAACAGCAACUGUAAAAAGGGCUCCAGUGAAGAUAAAUCCAAGAUUUCUGUUGGUGAGGAAUGCAGAGCAGAUGAACAGGCCUUCCUUGUGGCACUUUAUAAAUAUAUGAAAGAAAGAAAAACACCAAUUGAACGAAUACCCUACCUUGGUUUUAAGCAGAUUAACCUUUGGACUAUGUUUCAAGCUGCUCAAAAACUGGGAGGAUAUGAAACAAUCACAGCCCGUCGACAAUGGAAACAUAUUUAUGACGAAUUAGGUGGAAACCCUGGGAGCACCAGUGCAGCCACGUGCACACGCAGACAUUAUGAAAGGUUAAUUCUGCCCUAUGAAAGAUACAUUAAAGGGGAGGAAGAUAAGCCGUUGCCUCAGGUGAAGCCUCGGAAGCAAGAGAUGGCUCAGGAGGUGGAGAGUAAGAUAAAACUGACGGGCACAAAGCGCAUCAAACAUGAGAACAUGAAGAGCAAAAAGGAGCGAGAAGAGGCACCAAAGCCCCAGGACCCAACAGAGGGUUCAUCGGCCAAAGAGAAGAAUCAGGAAGGCUCAUUGCAGAAAAGCUUAUCGGACCUGACUGCAGCAGAAGCCAUGAAGCUCUCUGGCGAAGGGUCUCCAGUGCCCCCCAGAGUGGCCUUCCUGGAAGAGGAGGAGCCUCUGGCCAACACAUCUCUGGUCUCCCCUGAAGCCAUGAUCAGAAGCCCGGCUCUGGAGGAGCUGCAGGAGGAGCCGAAGAAGGAGCUAUGCGGGGUGUCAUGCUUUGCAGACAGCCUUGAGGAGGAAGAGGAGGAGGCCCAGGCAAUUCCAUUCAGCAGCUUCCCUGGCCUCCAGCUGCCCCUUCCAAGUCAGAACGAGAUGGAAGAUGAUAAAAUCCCAGAGAUGGCGGACUACAUUGCCAACUGCACAGUGAAAGUCGAUCAGUUGGGCAGCGAGGACAUCCACAGCGCCCUGAAGCAGAGCCCCAAAGUGCUGGUGGUGCAGAACUUCGACAUGUUCAAGGAGAAGGACCUCCCGAGUCCCUUCAACGGGGACCCCGGGUUUGGCUCCACCCCGUUACUCUACUCCAAGGGCAACCCAGGCAUCAUGUCCCCCCUGGCGAAAAAGAAGCUCCUCUCCCAGGUGAGUGGGGCAGCCCUGUCCUGCAGCAACUACCCCCCAUAUGGCUCCCCACCACCCCUGAUCAGCAAGAAGAAGUUCAGCAGCAAGGACGACCUCUUGUCUGGCAGGCCGGGACUGCUGUCUCCCCGGCAUUCAAUGGACAGUGCAGCGGUCAACAGGCCAUCAGUCAUCCAACAUGUGCAGAGCUUUAAACCCAAGACUGCGGAGGACAGGAGGCCCACUCACGAUGCCUACAGACACGAGUCCCUGCUCAAGAAACCAGACUCUGACUGUUGUGAUUUUUCUAAGCAGCAUCUGAGUACCCUGGCGGAAUCCUACGCGCUAAAGUCAGAAAUCCAGGACAUGAAGGAGCGAAUGAAUGAGAGGCGGGCCCUGCACCACUCACACAUGCCAGGUUUCUUGGCAGACCUCUAUGCCUCCCCUCCCCUCCACAGCCUCUAUAGGCGUACUGAGCACCUGGGGAAUCAGCCCUGCUCCAAGUACUUACCCCGAGACAUGUACGGGGAAAACGCUGCUGGGUUCCCUCACCAUAAGCUUCAGGACAGGCGAAUGCUCAGCUACCACCCUCCUUUGCACCAGCCAGAGAACAGGGCCCCCCGGGAAUCCUCCUCCGACGAUCAGCCCACAGAUCUGAGUCUUCCCAAAGGGGGCCACAAACAGACAACCAAAACCUUGGGAGCCCCUCUCUUGCGGGGUUUGCCCAAGGGGGCAGAGGAGGGCAAAAGCGCCACACGGUUCCACUCCUUGACUGGCCAGACUCUGAGCGUGGAUGGCAAUCCAAAGGCUUGUCGGGUCUCCCCAAUGACGGUCUCCGCCCCAAAGAAACAGGGGGAGCCCCUCCUGAGGGCCUGCAAGCUGCCACCCUCGAGAAAGAUGGACGGGAUGGUACACCCGGUCCUGAGUCACAAAGCCAUGGCUCCGGGCAUCGGGGCAGCUCGCCCUCUGAAGCGCAGCCUGGAGGACCUGGACAAAAGCCUUUUGGAGAAGAAGGUCCGAGCAGUCUCGCCCUUGCGCUUACCAAAGGAAGCCCCUUCCAAAGAGCAGGACGUGGAGGGCAGCAAGUCAGUGCAUGGGCCACCCCCAGGCGGGGCACUGGAGAGCCACAAGUUCCCCCUCUCCAGCCCCAUCUUCACAAACUUGUACCCAGGGACCCUUUGCAGCGGCCUGGGCAGCCGCAUGCCUGCAACCGGCUAUUCUCACCCCCUGCAGUACUUGAAAAACCAGGCCGCCCUCUCCCCCCUGCAGCCCUUUGCGCUCCACUCCUUCAUGGUGCACAGACAGUUCCUCACCUCCCCAGGCAGCUCUCAGCAGCUUUACCGGCACUUGGCGGCAGCCUCCCCUGUGGGCAACUCCUACGGGGACCUUUUGCACAACAGCGUUUAUCCUUUGGCGGCUCUGAACCCCCAGCCAGCUUUCCCCCCCUCCCAGCUCUCCUCUGUACACCCGAGCACAAAGUUGUAAAUGCUCCUGAGAAACGGCAUCCCGCAAAUGACAUUCCUUUAGCCCGCAAUCCUGUCUUGCAAACAAGCAUAUCAAUAUUUGUGAUAACCAAUCAGUGGUUUUGCUCCUCCCUGCUGAGCGCUUUGGGUCUGACUGAGAGACAGCUCCCGCUUAGCUGGGCUUGAGGCCAGACUGCGGCUUCCUCCGAGCCUCCUCGCUGGGGUGCCUCCUGCUGCACAGAGGGCUGCGGGGGUUAAGGUUUCCUGGCAGCCAAGGCUCAGGUGCCCCUGGGCCCCAACUCAGAGGAAGGGCCCUCUCGGUUUGCCCGCCCACCCCCCAGGCAGCAGCCUUGAGGCCUUUCAGUUCAAUCCAGAAGGCAGGAAAGGCCGCCUGGGGAGGGGGUUGCUUCUUUGGGUACCAUUUCAGAGUUCAAAUCAAUGCAAUGUAUAGAAAAACUGUGUCAACUUUCAUCUUAACACUAUCAGAACAGACAAAGUAAACACAAAACAGACUGUACAUAUCUGCUUCGGAAAGAAGAAUGACCCGUGUCAAGUUCAUUUGUAUAAUUUAUGUAAGUUCUUAUUUUCCGCGUAUCAUGUGCUGUUUUUUUUUAAAGAAAAAAAAAUUAAACAGCUCCUUUUUAUUUGC